AUGGCGGGAGGAAUGAAAGUGGCCGUCUCUUCUGCAGUCGAUGCUGGGCCCUGGGGCGGGGGUACCGGGUGCGGUGGGACAGUGAAGCUGCUCCUGCUUCUCUCUGGCUGCUUGGUCUGCGGUUCAGCUGAAAUUGGCGUACAAGUGGUCAUGCUUCAGGAAUCUCGAGUUUAUAAUAUGAUUGCCAGACAACAAUUCUGUUAUGAAAAUGUGCUUAUCCCAAAGUGGCAUGAUAUAUGGACACGGAUACAGAUCCGGGUAAAUAGUUCCAAGCUGGUACGAGUCACCCAGGCGGAGAAUGAGGAGAAGCUAAAGGAGCUAGAGCAGUUUAGUGUUUGGAACUUUUUUUCCUCCUUUUUAAAAGAGAAGUUGAAUGACACCUAUGUUAACUUGGGACUAUACAGCACAAAAACCUGCCUCAAAGUUGAGAUUACAGAGGAAGACACCAAGUACAGUGUCACUGUGACCCGCAGAUUUGACCCCAAACUCUUUCUCGUUUUCCUCCUUGGACUUAUGUUAUUUUUUUGUGGCGACUUGCUGAGCAGAAGCCAAAUCUUCUAUUAUUCCACUGGGAUGAGUGUGGGAAUUGUAGCUUCUCUACUAAUCAUCAUUUUCAUACUGUCCAAGUUUAUGCCCAAGAAAAGUCCCAUUUACAUCAUCCUGGUGGGAGGCUGGUCGUUUUCACUAUACCUCAUUCAACUAGUUUUUAAAAAUUUACAAGAGAUCUGGAGGUGCUACUGGCAGUAUCUUUUAAGCUAUGUCCUCACAGUUGGAUUCAUGAGUUUUGCAGUCUGUUACAAGUAUGGGCCCUUGGAGAAUGAACGAAGUAUCAACCUGCUGACCUGGACCUUGCAGCUGAUGGGCCUGUGUUUCAUGUAUUCUAGUAUCCAGAUACCACAUGUUGCCUUUGCCAUUAUCAUCAUUGCACUGUGUACUAAGAACCUGGAGUACCCUGUUCGGUGGCUGUACAUCACCUACAGAAAGAUGUGUAAGGCAACAGAAAAGAUUGUCCCCCCUCGUCUUCUGACAGAAGAAGAAUAUCGGAUACAAGGAGAGGUGGAGACCCGAAAGGCUUUAGAGGAGCUUCGAGAAUAUUGUAACAGUCCAGACUGCUCUGCUUGGAAGACUAUUUCUCGAAUCCAGUCUCCAAAGAGAUUUGCUGACUUCGUGGAAGGCUCUUUUCACCUCACACCAAAUGAGGUUUCUGUCCAUGAGCAGGAGUAUGGAUUAGGGAGCAUUAUUGCCCAGGAUGAAAUCUAUGAAGAAACAUCCUCUGAGGAGGAGGGCUCAGAUUCUCGGUACCCCACUGUCAUGCAGAACAACUUUUUGACUUAGGUGGUAGUCAGUUAUUUUUAUGUGGACUAGCUUGGUACCUUGAUGGUCCAUGUCACAAGUGUUGUGCAAUUGCUUCUCAAUUCUGAAACAGAGCAAGAUAGUGCAGGAAUUCUCCCACUGAAAUGAGAGGCCUGAGCAGGCCUCCCUCUUGGUGGUCUCUGUGGGAUCCCUGAGGAAUGAGAGUGGAUGAAGUAGUGAAUGCUUCCCAUUGGUUAAGCAGUCAGCUCACCUUUUAUGUUUCCAAAGAGACUGGGUGAGCACAGCUAGCACAGCAUUCUAGCUCCUCUUUGGAAGUUGAUUCAGUCGUGGCAUUUCUGCCACUGUGGCUGGCACCCAGAAGUGAGAACUGUUAUCCUGGCUGUUAUCUUCCAGAGAGAAAUCCACAAAUCUGAGCCUCCUUCACCUCUACUUUUAUUUCAGUGACUUUAGGAUAAUCCUUGUUUAAAGAGGAAAAUGGAUUUUUAUUUGUUUUUCUUAUUCUUAAAAUGUAAGAAACUCGCUUUCCAGAACCAGCAAGUGCUCCAGAGUGAUAGGCCCCUACAUAUUUAUUGAUAUGAAUUAUCCAUUAAAGCCCCAGAAGCUGUUGUGUUGAUCUUUGAA